AGCGAGAUAUUCAACAGGUAUCAGGAGUUAUUCCCCUGGAUCAAUAUCUAGAUGACUGGCGGUGUGGCCGCCUCUAUAAGCAGCAUCUGUAUAGUGGAUAGGACACAGUCAGUUAGGUGGCAGCGCCGGGAUAUGAGUGCUGCUGGAGCGUCUCCAGAGUUAUCUUGGAACUCCCUGGAAAACUUGUGUUCUCACUUCAUCAACGCUGACAUCUCUUCACCUGCCUGAUGGUAUGGGAAAUGAACACAAGUGGCCGCAUCUGAGUGAAGGAUCAAUCGCCUGUGUGGUCAGCUAGGCUCGGGAUGAGGAUGUGGUGGCCGUGGCAGGAGGUGGUUGUGCUCCUCCUGACCAUCGUCCUGUGCCAAAGGGGGGAUGGUCAGUUGUCCAGACCUUCAAAAAGAAAGGUUGCGAUUCAUGCGCUUCUUCAAGAAGGAGGCUUCUUCAAGACACUUAACAGGACGUUAUUUGCCGACUUCGCCCCUCGUGCAAGGAGGAAGCUAUUGAAAUAUCGUAACCUUAGAUACUUCGACUUUAGUGCUCGCAGUACCAUUCUGCGUGACGAUACUCCCAACGAAAUUCUUCAAGCGUUUUGUGAUACCUCAUUCUCGUCCAACGCUGUUGUACUGUUCCAUAUAAACAACCCAUUGUCUAUGAAGAAGGAAAGACUUGGUGCCCAUAAAUACAUAAGUCAGCUAGCCGAUUACUAUGGAUUACCGUUGAUAUCCUGGGAUUCGGAGUUUUCUCCAUCGGCAAGGCCGGUUGACUCUCGUCGACUACAGCUAGCACCGACGCUCCAUCACCAGGCGUCGGCCAUGUUGGACAUGCUCAGAAAAUACAACUGGUCCGACUUCACAGUGGUGACCACGCAGACGUUCGGACACUACGACUUCCUGUCCAGCCUGCGCGCGCUCACACGAGAGAGUCAAGAGCAGACGAGGUACACUUCGACGGGGACAAAAACCUUCAAGUUCACUAUCCUCAGCGAACUGCUGAUAAAUGAUGGCAGCAACACAUCGGAGGUGCGAAAGAGACUGAACAGCGUGGUGAAUACCCAUACGAGAGUCUUCCUCCUUCAUGCCAGUAGUUCUGAGUCGAAAAACAUCCUUGAUGUGGCAGCGAGUAUUGGAUUGACAACGAAAGAUUAUGUGUGGAUUAUAACUUCAACAGCGUUAUCACUGGGUUUCAGAGGCCGAGUGGCAUCAAGUUACCCAUAUGGACUCUUUGCUAUAUCGUUUGAGAACGGUUUGACAGCAAUGAAAAACGCCAUUACGUCUACACUGACGAUGUGGUUUGAGGCGAUCAACAAGGUGGGCAACGAUAUGACCAUCAACUUGAACACCAGCUUCUCCUGUAAGGAGACCAAGAGGCAGUUCUGGAACGAUGGGGGCGAAUUUUUCAACUAUCUGAAGAAUGCGCCGUCACAUGAUUUCAAUGACACGGGUGUUCUCAAGCACACUUCCCUCCAGAUUCUGAACAUUCAGAGGAGCGACAGGAACUACCCAAUAGCUAAGGAGGUCGGUAGCUGGACCAAAGAUGGUCUGGUCAUUCAGGGAAUCACAUGGCCAGGAGAAUCUACGGAACCUCCAAAAGGAAAGCCGGAGAAGUACUUCCUUCGGAUAGUCACGUGGAAGGAAGACCCGUAUGUCAUGUACCGCGACUUCGACAACAGGACAGGCAUGUGUGAACACAAUGCGGUGCCGUGUCGGGUGUACGCCAGGAACGACAGGAACGAGAGAACGAGCAACGUCACCAACAACACCUGCUGCACUGGUCUCAGCAUUGAUAUCCUACGUAUCUUUGCCCUGGAGUUAAAUUUUGACUUUGAGCUCUUUGAAGUUGCUGAUGGCCAAUGGGGAGCAGAAAACUCGUAUACCAAGGAAUGGAAUGGCAUCAUAGGGGUUCUGAAGGAGAACAAGGCGGAUAUGGCUGUGACGUCUUUGACGGUGACUCCAGAGAGGGCCAAACAGAUCGACUUCUCCGUGCCUUUCCUGGAGACUGGAAUAACGAUCAUGGUAUCCAUCCGGGACGGAAAGAUAUCGCCUACAGCAUUUCUAGAACCCUACGACUAUCCAUCUUGGUGUCUUAUACUGGUGUUCAGCGUCCACGCGACCGGAGCCUCCAUCUUCAUCUUCGAGUGGCUCAGUCCCUAUGGCUUGGAUCAGGGAAAAACACCCUUGAGAGACCACAAGUUCUCUCUGUUCCGGUCGUUCUGGCUGAUAUGGGCCAUGUUGUUCAGUGCCGCAGUGUCCACAGACACUCCCAGGGGAGUCUCCAGCAGGUUCCUUUCCAAUUUAUGGGCUCUGUUUGCUCUUGUGUUCCUGGCCAGCUACACUGCCAACCUCGCAGCCUUCAUGAUCACCAAGGAACAGUACUAUGACCUCAGUGGCAUUAAAGACUGGAGGCUCCGAAACCCGCAUCAUACAAAGCCGCCAUUUAAAUUUGCUACUGUACCCAAUGGUAGCACUGACCUGAACAUGAGGAAGAAUUAUGCACAGAUGCACGAAUAUAUGAAGAAAUAUAACAGGCCCACCGUUCAACAAGGAAUCGCAGCACUGAAGAAACAGGAAAUCCAGGCAUUUAUAUACGACGCUACGGUGCUGGAGUACUACGUCGGGAGGGACGACGUCUGUAAACUGAUAGUUGUCGGGGACUGGUACGCUACAACCGGGUACGCCAUCGGUCUCCCCAAGGGGUCACCCUGGUUGGAUCACAUCAAUACAGUUCUCCUGAAAAUGCAAGAUACUGGUGAAGUUGAAAAACUGCACAAGUUCUGGCUCGCUGGUGCAUGCAAGAAGAAAAAACAGAAAGGUGUAUCAAGCCACACCCUCGGUAUUUUGAACUUCACCAGCGCCUUCAUUCUGCUCGGCGGCGGCAUGGUACUGGGCGCCAUCUUGCUUCUUGCGGAACACCUGUACUUCCGGUUUGGCCGGAAGAGCCUACGGAAGUGGGACAAAUGUGGUUGCUGCUCACUCGUCAGUUUGAGCAUGGGCAAGUCGUUAACGUUUGAACAGUCCGUGAUGGAAGCUAUAGACUAUCACAAGAGACACAAAUGCAAGGACCCUAUUUGUGAGACGCAGUUGUGGAAGGUUCGGCAUGAGCUGGAUCUGGCGCUGCUCAAAGUUGACAUACUACAGAAACAGCUAUCCUUGGAGACUGGUGGAAGGGGUGAAGAUGGGGCCGGGAUAUGGCGAUACGACCCAGAGGCCACGCGUCAGCACAACGGCAUUUCCAGGCGCCGUGCCAAGGAUCGGAUAGAGCCAAUAGGUGGGGAACUGGCCAAACUCGAGCCAUUACUAUUGACACAUCCGUCAGAAGAGGAUCCACCCAUUGAAGUGAUGGCAGAGGCCAACACUUUAGCCUCACCAUCAUCGGGCACUGAUGGUGAUAGUGGAGAUAGGGACACGCCCAGGAAGUCUAGGCGUCUCGAUGGCAAAUAUUACUUCGGUGUUGAAGAUAACGUUGAGAUGGAGAGCGCGUUUUAAACGUUGUUCCUGAAGUCACUACCUGCUGAAUGUUGCAUCAUGUGCAGUUACAAAAUAACCAUACAAAUAUUCACAUGUAAAGCUGAGAAAACAUGGACUCGUGAAUGAUGCAGUAUGGCUCCAGUACUAUGCUUGUAGGUGAUCUAAUACUGCUAAAACUGCUUACGGCUGGUCCUGAUUGUGACAGGACUCCAAAUUGUGUUGGAUUGCCAAAAUAACACAUCGUUUGAUCUAUGCAACAGUACCCAGCAUGAUAUUCCGAGUGGUAGUGAUUUACAAUAGUACCAAUCCCUCGAACACACCGUACUACUUACCAAUAACGUAGAACAGUAGCGACCAUAGCAAAUAACCAGUUUAGGAAUAGAUAUAGGGAUAUAUGAUGCAUUGUAUAGCAGAUACGUAUUGUUAUAAUUCAUGUUGCUCAUCGUCACAUCAUAUGAUUCCUUCUAUGACCAAAAUAAUACAUAGGUGAGAGGCUCUUGUGCAUUCUUAUAUAGAUACAUAUAGUUGUCUUCUUGUGUCUACAACAGUAUAAAAAGCGGAUUCGAAACUGGCUUAAGUGAUGCUUAAAGCAAUACUCCAGAAGGAUGGUCUUCAGAGAGUAGUUAGCAUUGCCAUAUUUCUGUAUGUUUCAUGCAGAGCAUAUACUGAGGGAAAUGGCUGGAUUGUAGUGUCAAGAAGAGUGAUGACCAUGUUUUGCUUUGCCUGAAUGUCGACUGUGUUUUUGAUGCUCACGCAUGUUCUGGAAUGGACAUAUAUUGUAUUAGUUUGUCGCUGUGUCCGACAAGAUGUACACUGUUUUACUUACCACUUUACAUACCAUUGUCAUAUGCUGCCUUAUGUGGGCUCAUCUUCCGCUCUUUUUGAAAGCCUACUGCAUCUUGAUUUUCUGUUUACUGAAUGCGUGACAUUCUUGAAGAACAACCUUCCUUUGGAAAUGCUUCAUUGAUGUUCAAGCUCCACGUGUAUAGUGUGUAUUGGUCUGCAUUUUAUCUAUAUAAUUUUAUCACAGUAUAUAUAUACCCUUUAUAACAUUAUUGUGAUCUUCAUAUGAGAUAAGUCUAUUUUGCAUUAUGACAAUCGGACAAACACAAAGGCAUCUAUCAUGCAAAGUUUGGAUUUGUCAAUGCUUAUAGAAGACAAUCCACAGAUUACCAUGCAUGGAAAGUAUAUAUAGCCGUAACAACUUUAUUUGUUGUUUACGUGUGAUGUUCAUCUUGCAAACUGUCUGCAAAAGAUUUAAUCUUCUAUAAUAAGUAUGUGUAUAUGAUAACUAUGCUACUCAAAACACGUUAAGGAACAAUGUGAAGGCAGACAAUACCAAAGGUCAUGACAGAUUGACUCUCGUCAACAGAAACAAUAAUUAUUGGUGGUUCCUUAACAUCUCUUGAGUAGUUUACAUCAAAGAGUGUGUUUAUCCACCUAUAAAGAUUUUACUCUAUGUUGUGGUGGUCGUAUGAACGAUAUAACGUUCAAAGGGAGAUAAUCCUACUUUAGGUGCUGACGCUGUGAUGGUGUGUGAACCUUGCAUCUGUAUAUCCGUUGAUAAAGUGUCAAAGCUGUGUUGCACUUUGCAAGUUAUAACUAUGUAAAGAAUUUCAUUGCAAUACGAUAUUACGCUUUCAAUUGAGUGAAAUCUUCACUAUUUUAAUUCUGAUAGAGGAUUAAGAAAAACUUGUUUACCUACGGGAAUAGCAAUAACAUGUAAUUUCAUUCAUCACAUACACCAUUUUCUUAAUGACUUCUCACUUGGUGUUUUACUCAUCGUAUAAGUAAACGUUUAAUUGAAAAAAUAGCAAUAAGGCGUUAAUUUCAUCAUUGAUACGGAAACAUAAAAACCAAACUGCAGUCACGGGUUAUUUUCAAAUCGAAAUAGGACUCUCACUAUAAAAUAACCAAAACAAAUUAGUACACUUAUUUUUCAAAUGGCACAUUUAAUAUGAAACAUACUAUCUCAAAUAGGCCGUCAGUCUCCUCCUUUAUCGGUCUGUAGUUGGGUAGCCUUGUGGUUAAGCGUUGGCUCGUCACGUCGAAGGGUUCGAUUUCCCACAUGGGUAUUAUGCGUUAAGCCCCAUUUCUGUGUUCUCCACCGUGAUAUUGCUGGAAUAUUGCUAAACGCGGCGUGGUCUCUAUAUGAAAUAUUUUUUGGUAAGACAACGCCAUUUUUGGUAUAUGCCACCAACAAACAUUUGUGUGUACAAACCAACAUAAUAGGCAUAUUCAUAGCCCAGAAAAAUACGUUGUUUAGCUGUAAGUCGAAACUCCUUCUUCACAUAUUUAUACAUAUACACACACGCACGCACACACGCACACACACACACAUACAUAACAUGCAAACAUAUAUAUGUUUAUUUUGAUCGAUUGUCUACUUUCUGCAACUGGUACAUCGUAUCUCUCUGAUGACAUUUUGUUAAAGGAUUCUUCUUCACUUUAAAAUUCUUACAUACGUUUUA